GGGGUAUAAUGGAGAAAUGAAAUACAUAACCACGAAAAAAUCACCAAAUCCGUGGUUACAAAAAUUGGGACUUUUCAUGAUUAUAUAAUCAUAGAAUGAACCAUAGGUUUACAACACUAUACCACAUAAUUUUAAGAAUAAUGGAAACAAACAUGGUUUCAUAGAAAACCAUACAUUAAUGAACCACGGGAAACCACCAUCCAAACAGGGGUAGGACUCUUUUUGAGUUAAAUAUUCAAUUAUGUAGGACAGCCUCUUCCAAGAAAGAUCUAUCGUCAAUGGACCAUUCUACUGGAAUCUUUUGCCAUGCUAUUUAACUUGUUGCUUUUCCUUAACUUUAGACUUUUGUUACAUAAUUUUUGACCAUUUCAUUCAUACAAAAGGAGGUAAGUCAGUUGACCAAAUGCAUUAACAGUGUAAAAUUAUACUGUCAGUUGAUUUUAACUUUUGACAGUAGGUCAAUACUAUUUUAACCAAAUCACCAAUUAAUGCUUAUAAGGAAAUUUACCUGUAAUUUCAUAACAAGUGACUUCAUUGUGUAAAAUAUAUUUUACACUGUGUAAUAGUAUGAAUCUUCCUAACCCUGCACCUCUUAAAAGGUGGUUUUCUAUUGAAAAGAAAAAUAAUGAGAAGAAGAUUCAUAAAAAGUGGUGCUCCACCCCUUCCUUUAUGCUGAGAUUGGCAUUUGUCUUUUGAAUAUUCCCCUAAACUUGCAAAAGACGUGUUACAAAGUGUUUAUCCAUAUUUUUUAAAGAAGUUAGCAACAAAAUUUAUUUCAUUUUUUUUUGAAGUUACGGUGUAAAUGUGUUUUCUAAAAAUAUUAUUGGACAGUCUCGCCUUCCAUGCAUAAAACACGCACAUAUCUCGACAUGAGUGAAUUUCCCAAUCUGCAUAAUGCCUAGUACUUUCAAUAAUAUCCCACCAUGCAUGUCGAGUAUGCUAGUACCCUUCGUUCUUUUCUUGUUCAUCAGCCAAAUAUGUUGUAGUGUAAGAAGCACACCUCUUGGAAAUGACUGCCCAAACACAACUACCUACAGUCCAUAUAGCUCGUAUCGUUCUAACCUCGAGUCGCUACUAGCAACCCUUUCAUCUAAUGCCAAUGGUGGAAAAAGUUAUUACAACUCCACUUCUGGCGGUGAAGAUGGUUCUGAAAAAAUUUAUGGCAUGUUUUUGGGUAGAGGUGACGUCUCCGAGGAUGAAUGCCAAGAUUGUAUGACUGGUGCUACUGCAGAAAUAAUUCAGUAUUGCCCCAAAUUAAAAAUAGCUAUGGUUUAUUAUGAGCAUUGCUUCUUACGAUAUUCAAAUCAAUCAACAUAUCCCGAGCCAGAUCCAUCCAUAUUUACCAAUCCAAAUAAAUCCAGCAGUUACGUGCUACGUAAUGGUUGCACAAUUAACAUUGAACCACAUAGGUUCAGCCAGCAGCUAAGAGACAUGAUGGAUGAAAUUGCGACUGCUAUUGACCACUGGGGUAAAAGAUUUUUAACUAAAGAAACCAAUUUCACUAAUGAGAAAACGAUAUAUACCCUUGCUCAGUGCAUUCCUGAUCUUUCAGCUUCUGACUGCCUAAAGUGCCUUAAAACUGUGAUAACCAAGUUCCCAGUCUGCUGCUAUGGGCGACGGGGUGCUAGAAUUUACUACCCUAGCUGUAAUAUUAGGUAUGAGGAGUAUCUUUUCUACAAAAUCAAAACAGUACCUGUGUCUCCUCCUGCUCCAUCCAAAAAUAAAGGUAGAGUUUGCUAAUACUAUAUGCCUACAUAAUAGCUUGAAGAUGACUAGUUUUCUUCAUGUUUAAUCCAUGGCAGGAUAUACCUACACCAUAGAUCACUUUAUUGCUUUCAUACCUCUAUGUACAUCAUUAUGGUUGAUGAUUUAAAACCAC